AUGGGCGAGUGUACUAUAGAUCAUAAUUUUGACGAACUAGAUUUGUUAGAACUGUUGGAUCUCGGGGAUGAAUGGGGAGUCGAUUUACAAGGCAUAAAAACAGUGGAAUCAUGUAGAGAGCGCCUGGAACUUCAUAAACGUAAAGAAGAAAAUAAACAGUUUUUCAAAUUUAAUCAGGAGCAAUUUAAAAGUAUUAAUCAGGAAUACGGGGACAAAACGAAAGCCAUUAUAGAAUUAUUAAAGAAAGUAAGAACAAGUCUGGGUUCAAGUUUGAAACCUGUUGCCUCUAUACUUAAAGCUGGAAAUAUUUCAGACGAUUUAAAUGAAGAUUUUGAUCAACAUAUAAAAGAUCUGGAGAGUCGAGAAUGUUGUUUAGUAUUUGCUGGAGAAACUAGUUCGGGUAAAAGUAGUUUAUUAAAUCUUGUGCUAGGCAUGGACAUUUUACCCACACAUGCUCUUAGUUGCACGUUUAUAAUUUGCAAACUAAAGUACUCCAAGUCAUAUGGAUCCAAGAUUCUAUACAAUGACGGAACGACAAAAGAAUUUCAGUACGAAACAUCUGAACUUGCUAAAAUAUCUCUGAACGAAAAAAUAUUUGAAACAAAUCACCAGAAUCGUGACACAGAAUCGAGAAUAAAAGAAAUAGAAAUUUAUCUGCCAGCAGUCAUAUUACAGACUGGUAUCACUAUAGUCGACACUCCAGGUUUUGGGGAAAAUAACACGUUAAAUGACAAAGUUGUUCGAUUUAUAUCUUCGUCCUCGAUAACAGGUUUUAUAUAUCUAAUCAGAACAGAUACUGGUGGUGGAGUAGAGGAAGACAGGCUUCUCGAUUUUCUCCGGGAAAUACAAAAACUUCGAACCAGAAAUUCAAUAACAAAAAUGGGCGAUGCAAUGAAUAAUAGUGGAUCUAUGUUUAUUUGUAACCGAUGGGAUAUAGUGAGAGACGACCAGAAAGAGACUGUUAAAGCAAAUGCAAUUUCAAAACUCAUGGACGUUUGGCCAGGUCUCAAACAGUCUCAGGUCGAGUUUUUUUCGACUGAAGAUGCUGCCAAACACGCAAAUAUUGACAGAGACUACAUCACUCAAGAUUUUGCUGAUCUUCUCAAGAAGUUACUUACAAUCAUCCGGACUGCUCUGGAUACGCGAGUCAAGCAGCAUUACCUGUAA